UAUAAAUUAAUGAAAAAAUAUGUAAUAAGCUUCCUAACCAGUUUUAUCAAGAACUUAGAGAGAUUCAAGUGAGAUUUUCUAUAAUAUCUAUAUAUAUAAUUAAACAUUUGUAAUCUACUACUUGUAGUUUAAUAAUAGUAAUUUUAAAUACUUCUAAAAUAUCAUCACUGACUAGUAUUGUCUGAGUAAGACUCAAUUUCAUAGUCAAGUAUAUUUUUUUCACGUAGAAAUAUAAGAAAUAUGAAUAUUAUACUCUGAAUACUUUAAUUGCUCUUACUCCCUUUAUUCUCUUUGCCAAGCUUUCUUAAGCCCGAGCAAACUUGCUCUUUAAGGAAUUUUAUUCCCUCUCCUCUCUUCGCUGUCCAACAGGCGGGGGAGGUGGGCUGUGGAGGGGCAGUAGGUAGCACCAAUGUUGCUCGAGCUCAAGGGAUGUGGAAAUUUGCUGCCUGCAUGGGACAACGAGGUGCCUUGUUUUAUUGUAAACUCUAUCUUUCGCACCUGCUGGGAGGGCAGCGAGCCGGCUUCCGACCCGGCAUUGACGAGUCGCAGGAACUGGACUCCGGUUCCACGCAGUGGGGGGAGUGGCCCUACCAUCCAACUUUCGACGGGCCGAGGUCCUUUCUCUCCCUUCCCGUUGCUGCCCACAGCGUCCUUCCUCGAGCUACUAUGUACGGUUUGUCUUUGGAUUUGUAUGUGUGUGUGUGGAGGCAAACAUCUUCGUCGCCUCUCAUCACACGAGACUUUUCUUUCUUUCCAUCUUCCUUUCUUCUGCCCGUCCACAUGCCACCCGGGACCGCGACCUCCUACGCCUACGUGGCAACGGCCGGGAUGGCCGUGUCGUUCGCGCUUCGUCUCCUCAAGAAGCUGUACCCACGUCCAAAGUGCAGCAGCCUAGGUGGGCAGGUUGGUUCUCUGCAUAGAGAGUCAGACGAGACCCUGCCGUGAUACAAACUCUCUUUUGAUUGCGAUUCUCUGCUCGUAUACCGUCCACUCGGGAACGAGCCUCUGGUAGUCGUCCAGCCAGUUGCCAACACUACCGACUGACCCUCUCUGCCUUCGUGCUGCCGUGCGCCCCCGACUUUGCCAGCCGGUCGGUCUUUGACCGAGACUGGGCCCAUAGCGAUCAUCCAACGCCCUCACACACCCCAGUCCAGGGCCGAGGCUGACCCAUCAUUGCGGUUUGUUAUAUGUGGCGUUACAGGCGAAAGCAUACAUCUCCAAGGAUUCCGCCUGAGGACUCUUGGAGAGCUUGUCUAUCUCCCUUUGCACACACACAUAUAUAUCAUCAUCAUCAUCAUCAUCAUCAUGCGGAUACUCUAUCGUACCUAGCCACCGCUUGUCCAUUGCGUACCCGAGCAACUACU